AUGAGCACAUCGCUAUGCAAAGAAAGUACAUAUCAAGACCCAUUUAGUGCCAUCGUCGUCUGCCGUGAACUGCCACUGAUGGAGGACGUUGAGAAGAUCAAACCAUACAUUUCACACCUGAAUAAGCAACUGAAUUCGCUGAAAGUUGACCUAGACAAGUUAACGAGUAAAUCGCUGGAUGAACAACUGCUGUCGUUAAAGGAUGAACGUGCCAAGUUGGAACUUACCAACAGGUAUGCUUAUGCUCUGAGCUCCCUCAUGUUUUCCUAUAUGAAAGUGCUGAAUGUCAAAGAUCUGUCACCGAUAAAGGCUGAACUUGAUAGAGUUAAAAGCUAUAUGAAUAAGGCUAAGGCUAUUGACGGCAAGGACGAGAGGGAAGAGAGACUCCAGCAAGAGGAGCAGGAACGUGCCAAAAGAGUAAUCAAUAAUGCGCUAGAUGGAAGACAAACAGGCCCAGCUAUCAGUAAGCAUAAUUUCCAAGGCAAGCAUACGAGAUUCGAUGACUUGGCAGAGGAUCAAGAUAAGCAGAACUUGGACGUCAAGGAAAUAUCACAGAAGGUAGCAGAUUCAAGGAGGAAGAAGCCUCGGGUUGACAAGCAAAAGGUAAGCAAGAGGAGGAGCAAGUAA